UGCCGACAGACGAGGCAAACAUCUAACGCUACUGUCUAUGGCCGGUAGCGCAAACCCUCAACACAUUCAUGGCUUCCUCCGAAGUUGGCCCGGAUUCUGAAAAGAGAACCCAUAAUUUAGCCGAGAGUCUAGUCCAUCCUCGUUGUUAACUGAGGUCCUACCGAAAUUUAGGACAGUCGAUCUGCACAUGCUUCUGUUUAUGCAAGGUUACAGUACCACUGAGUACUAUCGAGAAUGUAGUCUUAAUUUACGCCAAGUAUCUAUUCCGAAACGAGGCCAUUCUCAAUCAACUAAAAUCAGAGGCCCUAGAACGCUCGACCCUCUUAACCAACUCAGGCCACAUCCGGGGACCUUCCCCGAGACAGAGUUCUCAACGUGGCUGCCAGGGAUCAGACUCCAUCCACUUCAGAAAACGCGGAGGUCGCUUAAUUCCCCGCAUUUCGGGUUCAGUCAGAAAGCAUCGUGCAUUAUCAAUAUAAGAACUAAGUGUUUAGACCUGUUGCUCUCAUCAUCAUCUUGCAACUAUUUCUUGAGCUGGAUGGCAUCUUAUACAGACUUGCUACUAUAACAACAGAGCACCUGACUACUAUGGGUAUCUUUAAGAAAUCAGAGACUAGUGCAGAGGCGGCGGUUGGCCUAGGACUCCUUGCUGUUCUGCCAAAAAACCCAAAACCAUGGUACAAGACACCCCAUAUUGCCAAGUUGAACUUGAUUCUACUUGUAGCGCUAUUUUCUUCAGCUACCGUGGGAUUUGAUGGUGCUAUGAUGAACGGGUUGCAAACCCUUGAGCAAUGGCGCAACUACUUCAACCAUCCCCAGAGCGCACUCCUAGGGACGAUCAACGCUGUGUAUCCUAUUGGGAAAAUACUUGUUCUAUUCCCAUGCACGUGGUUGUCUGAUAAAUAUGGGCGAAAAUGCCCCAUGUUUGUCGGCUUCAUCUUCCUCUUAGUCGGCGCGGCACUGCAGGGGGCUGCUCAGAAUCUCCCAAUGUUCAUUAUUUCUCGUUUAAUUUUAGGGGGGGCAACAGCUCUAAUCGCUCAGCCAUCCCCGAUUUUGAUCACCGAGCUGGCAUAUCCUACGCAGAGAGGGCAAAUUACUGCUCUGUAUAACACAUUCUAUUAUCUAGGCGCCAUUAUGGCUGCAUGGUUUACCUAUGGUACAUUUAAAAUACCGUCAACAUGGGCUUGGAGGAUCCCCUCACUUUUGCAAGGAGCGUUACCUUCAAUCCAGUUUGCAUUCUUCUACUGGCUUCCUGAGUCCCCGAGAUGGCUUAUUGCGAAACAUCGCCACGAAGAAGCACGCAAAAUCCUGGUUAAGUAUCAUGGCGGCGGUGAUGAGUCUUCCCCACUUGUGGAUUAUGAGAUGAACGAAAUUGAAGAGAAUAUUCGCCUAGAAGCCAGCAUCAAUUCUCAGACAACUUAUUUCGAUCUAAUCCGCACAGCGCCAAACCGAAGAAGGACUCUCAUCGCCGUCAUUACAGGCAUAGGGUCUCAAUGGAACGGUGUUGGUGUCGUGUCAUACUAUCUUACAUUGGUCCUCAACACUAUCGGCAUUACAUCGGUAGCUUCUCAAGCCCUUAUCAACGGACUCCUCCAAGUCUUCAAUUGGAUUGCCGCUGUUUUGGCAGGCGCUUUGAUGGUUGAUCGAAUUGGCAGGCGUACAUUGUUCCUCAUAUCGACUACGGGCAUGCUAGUCUCAUAUGUAUGCUGGACUAUACUCACCAGCGUGUUUGCUCGAACUCUCAACCAACAAGCUGGAAAUGCUGUCUUGGCAUUCAUUUUCAUCUACUAUUUCUUCUAUGACAUCGCAUGGACGCCGCUAUUCCAAGCCUAUCCUGUGGAGAUUUUCCCCUAUGCCCUACGCGGCCGAGGUCUUACAGUAGCUCUGGCAUCAGGUUAUAUUUCCUUGAUAAUCGGACAAUUCUGCAAUCCGAUUGCGAUGAAGUCGAUUGGAUGGAAAUACUACAUUUUCUUUUGCGCUCUUUUAGCCGUGCUGCUUAGCUUGAUCUGGUUUCUUUUCCCAGAAACUAAGGGUCAUACGCUCGAGGAGAUUGCAGAGAUUUUUGAUGGGAAGAAAGAUGAGCCAGCACAUGAUGAUGACAAGAAAGAAAUUCCGAUAGAGGAAGAGGAAGAAUCUGUGGCUGAUAAAUCUGAGGGAAAUGAACCAAAGGCUCGCUGAGUUUGUAUUGUAUUAAUGAAAUACAGCGUUUAGGGUAGGGGAAGGGUUACAGAAGGUGUGAUAUUUGCAACCUCGUUUAAUUAGCUAGAAGACCUUCAAUGUGAGCAUUUAUAGAUAGUAUUUGUUUUCUAAUAUUAGCUAUUAUAUUCUCACAUUA